AUGGAGAAGUCAUUGGGGUACGAUUACGAAGUGUUUUUGAGCUUCAGAGGACCUGAUACCCGUAGCGACAUUACUGAUUACCUCUACACCAGCAUGAUUGAUGCUGGAAUUCGGGCAUAUAAAGACGACGAAGAACUUCGGAUUGGGGAAGAGAUCAGCGGCCAGCUUCUCCAAGCGAUUGAGCAGUCAAAGAUCUCAAUACCAAUCUUUUCUAAAGGAUAUGCCGAAAGUCCAUGGUGCCUUAGGGAGUUGGUCAAGAUGGUGGAGAGAAAGAAUACAAGCAAACAUACGAUCAUGCCCAUAUUCUACGAUGUUGCACCAUCUGAGGUAAAAUACCAGACUGAGCACUACCGCACUGCCAUUGCUUCUCAAGAAAACAAGAAUCGGUUCGAUGUUGAGACUAUCAACAAGUGGACGGCUGCUCUCAAUGAGGUUGGAGCACUAAAGGGAUGGGACCUCCACAACAAGCCAAACAGAGGCAAAGGUGAAUUUGUGAAAGAAGUUGUCAAUAACGUUUUGACUGAGUUGAAAAGCGCUUACUUGGAAGUAUCUGAUUGCUUGGUCGAAGUAGACAAUCUUGUGGAUGAAAUCAUGAGGGUGAUAGGUUCCCACAACAAUGAAACAAAGAUCGUUGGAAUUCAUGGCAUGGGUGGCGUGGGAAAGACAACUCUUGCCAAGAUAGUGUAUAAUAAACUUUCUAAUGAUUUUGUUGAUUGUUGCUUCCUUUCCAACAUCCGAGAAAUAGAGAUGACGUGCUUGCAGAAUCAACUCAUAUCUGACAUCCUUAAAAAAAAAUGGACCCGUGUUGAUAAUAUAAUGGAGGGGACAAAGUUGAUCAAGGAAAGGUUGUGCUCUAAAAGAGUGCUUCUUCUACUUGAUGAUGUUGACAAAACAAGUCAACUUGAUGCGCUCAUUCAGAAGCAUGAUUGGUUUGGAAAAGGAAGUAAGAUUAUUAUUACGACCAGAGACCAAGGGAUUCUCGAUAGGCCUACACUUGUUGAUGGGACUUACGAACUUACUGGCAUGGAUUUUGAUCAUUCUCUUCAACUUUUUAGCAAACAUGCGUUUAGAAGAGAUUAUCCCUUAGAGCAAUACAUCUCUCACUCUGAAAGAGCACUAAAUAUAUGCGGCGGUCUUCCUUUAGCUCUCGAGGUAAUAGGUUCUCUUUUGUCGGGAAAAAGCAUUGAGAAGUGGGAUAUCAUAUUAAAGGAGUUAGAAGAGUUGCCUCACGAGGAUGUCCAAAGGAAGCUGAUGAUCAGCAUUGGGUCAUUAAAUGAAGACCAAAGAAAAAUAUUUCUUGAUGUCGCUUGUUUCUUCAUAGGUUUUGAUAAAAGAAUUGUGAUUCACAUGUGGGAAAGCUGUAGAUUUCUUCCUGUACAAUCGCUUCAAAUCCUCCAGCAAAGAUCUUUGAUAAAGAUCAGAGAAGAUAACCAACUGUGGAUGCAUGAUUGGUUAAGAGAUAUUGGAAGAAAUUCCAUACAACAAGGAAGUGGGAGGAAACCAGGGGUGUGGACUCAAGCACAAGCAUUGGAGGUUCUCGAGAAGAUUCAGGUUAUCAACGCAGAAAAUCAGGGCUUUUUCUAA